GGUGGGGGGCCGGCUGCUCGGGGAUAGACUGGGCAUCGGUCAACGGGUGUGUUUUUGAAUCCAGUCUUCCUCCUCCUGCUCAAAAAAAACUUACCUAGUUAGUCACUUGGAUGACUCUCCAUGUUUGCAGGCAACGCAAGGUGAAAGUGAACGUGAAGGAGGAAAAGGAGAAGGCAAAAGUGAAGGAGAAAGGAGAAGGAGAAGAAGAAGGAGAAGGAGAAGGAGAAGGAGAAGGAGAGGAGAAGGAGGAGAAGGAGAAGGAGAAGGAGAAGGAGAAGGAGAAGGAGAAGGAGAAGGAGAAGGAGAAGGAGAAGGAGAAGGAGAAGGAGAAGGAGAAGGAGAAGGAGAAGGAGAAGGAGAAGGAGAAGGAGAAGGAGAAGGAGAAGGAGAAGGAGAAGGAGGAGAAGGGGAGGGGGAAGGGUGUAUCGGGUUCACAUGGCAAGUGCUUUUGUUUGGGGGGAUCAGCAGGAGAUCCUGACUUCGAGUAUGAAAGUCACUGUCUUCAGAAUAUCGUUGACCUGGCAGUAUGA